UUACAUGCUGCUUUCCCGUGGACGCUUUGUAGUAAAACCACGUACAUGUUGACACCGGUCCUGGCUUGGAACCUUUACCGAAAUAUAUUUGAAGGGAUGGUCAACAGCUGAAGUUGACCGCAGACAGAGGACCUCUGCGUGUGGACAUCAGGGAGGGACCCCUGCGGACUCUGGCAAGUGAGACCGGUGCCCUAAUGUUCACCAUGAGAGACGCGCUAGAAGCAGAGGAAGGCCCAGUCCACCAGCAACAUGAACAUGGCCUAAGUGAUGUUCUGCACAGAGUGGUGGAGGAGGUGAGGCAAGCGAUCAGCAGAGAUGUCAGUGGAGCAGAGCUGCUUCACAACCUGCUCAGCGCCCCCUGGCUGCAUGCCCUCCUCAAGGUGUAUGAGUGCCUCCUGCGGUUCCGGACUCUUCUGCCCAGCCCCGUCCUGCCUGAUGCCUCCAGCCUCUCCUAUGAGGUCCUGCUUAGUCUGAGUGCUGUCCCAAGCCCCUCUGCUGAAGCCAGGGAGCUGUUCAGUCUUCUGAGCAGCCCGCACCUGCAGGCCCUGCUCUCAGCCCACGACACGGUGGCUCAGUCUGACUAUGAGCCGGUGCUGCCUCCCCUCCCUGAUGACCUGCCUCAGGACGAGGAGGCCAUGAGAAUCGUCUGUCUGGUCAAGAACAAGCAGCCCCUGGGAGCAACUAUAAAGAAGGACGAGGAGACAGGAGAAAUCUUCAUUGCCCGGGUAAUCAAUGGAGGCUUAGCAGAUCGCAGUGGUCUUCUGCAUGCAGGAGAUUUGCUGGUGGAAGUGAAUGGAAGCCCGGUGGAGGGUCUAGACCCAGAGCAGGUCAUACAGAUAUUGAUCCAGUCUGAAGGAACUAUCUUGUUCAAAGUGAUCCCAAACACACCCCGGUCAACCAACAGCCAAACUAUGUUGCGUGUGCGGGCCAUGGCAGACUACUGCCCCCAGCAGGACCCUGCCAUCCCCUGCCCUGAUGCAGGCAUGGCCUUCAGCAAGGGAGACCUGCUGGAGAUUGUGGACCAGACUGACAUCCACUGGUGGCAGGCCAGGAAGCUUCCCAGCAUCACUUCCUGUGCUGGCCUCAUCCCCUCCACCAGCAUGCUCAAGAGCAAACAGAGGGAGCAGUGGUGGUGUCAGCCAUUUCAGGCUCACACCUGCUCCAAACCCUGCGUGAAAAUGCCUGAUGAUGGCAAAGAAGAGGACACAAAGGAUGCUGAUGACAAAUGUAUUAAAGCAGAUGAGGAAGAUUUUGAUUCUGAGGAUCUCAGAGAGGAGGAGGCUGAGUCAGAAAGCAGUGUGGAUGGCAUCUAUACCGCUGGUUUCCGGCGUAGCUUCCGGAUGUGGAGGAGGACGGCAUUCAGGAAGAGACGCCAGUCCUGCUACUCCUGCUCACCCAAUAGCAGGGUUCUUACCAACCCCUACGAGGAAGUGAUGACCUACCAGCGCCCCCCGCAGGACCCCCACCGCCUCAUCAUCCUCGUGGGUGCUUCUGGUGUGGGAGUGAACGAGAUGCGCAAAAGGCUGAUCACUCUCAACCCAACAACCUUCCAAGGACCAGUGCCUCACACAACACGUCCACCCAAAGAUGGAGAGGAGCCCGGGAGAGAAUACCACUUCAUCACCAAGGAGCUUUUUGAGGACAUGAUCUCCAACCACAAGUUCCUGGAGCAUGGGGAAUAUAAAGGCUACUCGUACGGCACUAGCUCUGACGUGGUCAAGGACGUGCUGAGCAGCGGCAAGAUGUGUUUGGUAGACGUCGAGCCACAUAAUGUCCAGUCACUGAGAACAAGGGACUUGAAGCCCUACGUCAUCUUGGUGAAGCCUCCCGGUACGGAGCGUCUCAAACUGACUCGCAGGGAGGCCCACGCACACAUCAUAACCAACUACAACACCAACCGGCCCUUCACAGACGAGGACUUUGCGGAGAUGGAGGUGACCACCAAGCUGAUUGAGUCUAGGUUCGGCCAGUUCUUUGACAGUGUCGUGGUAAACGACGAGCUCCAAGAUUCCUGCAUGCAGCUGUUCACAACCAUCCUGCAGGCCCAGGACGAGGCCCAGUGGGUCCCUGCCGGGUGGAUGAGCCCCGAGGAGCCAUGAACAGAACAAGGGAGAGGAUGGAGAGGAACGAUGAUGCUAUUUGGAGUGUCAUAAUUCGAUGGUAAAGGUGAUGACACACCCUGACUGCCUUCAUAAUUAUGUUCGACCACUGGUUCAAAGAAGGAAAUGUUUUGGGAUGACUAUGGAUAACUUAUUUAAUCGUAUGGUAAGCAUUUAAAUAGACUUGACCCCUUGACUUGACCAUGUGUCUUGAGAAUUGGUUUCAUAUGUGUGAUUAUGUGCCAAGCAGAUGAGCCUGUUUGGUGUGUUAUGUUUUGUGAUCACAGCAUAUAUUUAAAUCAGAUUCAGGUGAUACCAUUCUGAUACUGUACCAUGGACUUGUAAGGCAGUCUGCUCCUCUGGUAUUGAGAAGAACGGUUUGAUAACUGUCACUGUUCUGUGCACUAUCAUUUAUUCAAUUAUGUAAUAUACUGUAUUUGUCUCAUCUGAGUUAAGAUCUGAGGUUGGGUAGACUUGUGAAUAGUUGCAUUGUGUUCUGUUUGCAGUUACACUAAAUGGUAUGUAUGCCAGUAGCUUUUGUAAACCUAGUUGAAUAAAGCCUUGCAUUUGUUUAUAAACAGGUGUGUAUUUCCUUCAAUAAUACUAUGAGCUUACGCAGAACAAGUGCACUCCACACCAGACUAGUGUGUCCUGCAAUGUGAUCUCUGCCCGGCUAGUUAAUCCCCCUCCUGUGCAGAUGAAGGUCUAUGGGGGAUUUAGCUCUGGAUUAGGCCUCAGCCUCAGACCUGGUGUCGCCCCCGCCCCCGCCCGGUCCCACCUCCCCCCUCCUCUGUCCUACCACGCGUCCUGAGAGGGGGAGAAGCAGGUAAUUCAUUCACACUUUCUUCUCAGGGAUUGUUUGGGGGCCUUGUAUGUGAGAUGAACAGUGGGUGGGAAGUCAUGGCAUGAACAUAUCAAGCAGA